GGCAAAACGUUUGGGAACAAUUUUUGUUGUCACUGUGCUUCGUCUUCGUAUACAAUCUCUCUCUUCCUGUAAGGUCACCGCCGGUUUCUCCGCCACGCGCUGCCGUCUCCGGCUUCGUUCUACCGUGAAGAAGAAUGAGUAGCAAAGGGGUUCAAGUUGCUAGAGUUUACCGAGACCUUCUCAAAUCGGUGGCGAAGAACAUCGGUAAGGAAGAUCACAAGGCUCAUUUCACAGACUUCAUAAAGCAGGAGUUUCGGAAGAAUGCAAAUUCUAAAGACCUAGACUUGAUCCGACAGAAGAUGAAACUUGCCCGCGAUUACACUUUUCUUCUUAGCAGCGUUCACCAUCACAUGGAGUUGCUAUUCUCAUACAACAUUGCAAUCGAUAGGGCGGAAGAAAUGAAACGGGUGAUCGGGAAAUCUGCAGCCAGCGUAGGUCUUCGCCUUCCCGAUGUCUACCAGCCUUGAAAAUUUCCGUUUUUUCCCGGCAAAAUCUGGAUUUCUCCAUCUCUUUAGACAUUCUGGCGUGGACGUUCAUCCACCGAAUCAUUUGAUCGAUGUGAAUGUUCGUCCAUCAAUCUAUAUCGUAAAUUCUUGAUUCGCGUGACAAGAUUAUCGCACCAUAGUAGAUUCGGACAACAACAUUAUGAGAAGGCCUCAUCAUGUUCUUGUAGUAAGAGUUGUUUGUGUUGGAUUUGUUGUGAGCAAUAAGUUCGUUCCUUUCAAGUUUUUUACGUUUUAA